AGAGCUCUGAAAUCAGCAAGGCAGUAAUAAAAGAGUAGAAGUAUUUGAAGAAUACAAGAAAGCAGAAUUUCAGAGUGGGAAUAUCAGGACUUUAGCUGAAAAUACGCCUAUAUUAAACCAGGAAUCUUUGGCUGUGGCAUUUGGGCACAGACAUAGGGGAGAUUUAAGGAACUGUGAAGAUUGAUCAUGGAAAUCAAAGAGGAAGGAGCAUCAGAAGAAGGCCAGAACUUUCUGCCUACCCCCCAGGCGAAUGACACCGGGGACUUUCAGUUCACAAGCAUUCAGAAGACUCCAAAUGAACCACAGUUGGAAUUCAUCCUUGCAUGCAAGGAUCUCGUGGCUCCUGUCCGUGAUCGGAAGCUGAAUACACUGGUCCAGAUCUCAGUAAUCCACCCCGCGGAGCAGGGUCUGACAAGAUACUCCAGCACCGAAAUUGUUGAGGGAACAAGAGACCCACUGUUCCUGACUGGUGUCACAUUCCCAUCUGAGUAUCCCAUCUAUGAGGAGACCAAAAUAAAGCUAACAGUCUAUGAUGUCAAGGAUAAGUCUCAUGACACCGUUCGAACCAGUGUCCUACCUGAACACAAGGAUCCCCCACCAGAGGUUGGGCGAAGUUUCCUGGGCUCUGCCAGUUUUAAAGUCGGGGAGCUACUGAAGUCCAAGGAGCAAGUGCUGGCUCUGAGCCUGAGAACCUCAGAUGGUGGCAAAGUUGUUGGCACCAUAGAAGUCAGUGUCGUGAAGAUGGGGGAGAUUGAGGAUGGGGAAGCCGACAACAUCACGACAGAUGUGCAGGGACAAAAGUGUGCAUUGGUUUGUGAAUGUUCAGUCCCAGAAAGUGUGAGCAGAAAAGAUAACCUACCUUUUUUGAAUGCCGUGUUAAAGAACCCAGUGUGUAAAUUAUACAGAUUUCCCACUUCUGACAAUAAGUGGAUGCAAAUCCGGGAGCAGAUGUCAGAGAGCAUACUUUCUUUUCAUAUUCCUAAGGAAUUGAUCUCUCUUCAAAUCAAAGAAGAUUUGUGUAGAAACCAGGAGCUAAAAGAACUUGGUGAGCUUUCUCCACACUGGGACAAUCUACGAAAAAACGUCCUUACUCACUGUGAUCAAAUGGUGAAUAUGUACCAAGACAUUCUGACAGAACUCAGCAAGGAAACAGGGUCCUCUUUCAAAUCAAGCAGCAGCAAAGGAGAAAAAACAUUAGAAUUUGUUCCAAUAAAUCUACAUCUGCAAAGAAUGCAUGUACACAGCCCUCACUUGAAAGAUGCUCUCUAUGAUGUCAUCACCGUGGGAGCCCCAGCUGCCCAUUUUCAGGGGUUUAAGAAUGGUGGUCUUCGGAAACUCCUGCAUAGAUUUGAAGCGGAAAGAAGAAAUACUGGAUACCAGUUUAUUUACUAUUCACCUGAAAACACAGCCAAAGCAAAAGAAGUUCUCAGCAACAUCAAUCAACUACAACCUCUGAUAGCAACCCAUGCAGACCUACUGCUUAAUUCUGCAAGCCAGCAUUCUCCAGACAGCUUGAAGAAUUCUUUAAAGAUGCUUUCAGAAAAAACAGAGCUUUUUGUACAUGCCUUCAAGGAUCAGCUGGUCAGGAGUGCCCUUCUAGCACUUUACACUGCCAGGCCUGGGGGUGUCCUGAAGAAACCACCCUCUCCUAAGAGUGGCACAGAGGAGAGCAUUUCCCAGGACCCACCCCUGCCAGUGAGACGGCAGGACUCAAUUCCACAUCAUUCAGACUACGAUGAGGAGGAGUGGGACAGGGUGUGGGCCAAUGUGGGGAAGAGCCUGAACUGCAUUAUUGCAAUGGUGGAUAAACUGAUCGAAAGAGAGAGCGGUGGCGAGGGAAGCAGCUCCAGCAGCAAAGAUGUAGAAAAGGACUCUUCUCCAGUGGACUCCAUCAUAACUCAUCCAAAGGAAGACUGGUAUGAGCAGUUGUAUCCCCUCAUCCUUACACUGAAGGACUGCAUGGGAGAAGUGGUGAAUCGAGCUAAGCAGUCCCUGACCUUCGUGCUCCUCCAGGAGCUCGCCUACAGCCUGCCCCAGUGUUUGAUGCUGACGCUGAGAAGAGACAUCGUCUUCAGCCAAGCACUUGCUGGAUUGGUUUGUGGAUUUAUCAUCAAAUUGCACACAAGUCUGUAUGAGCCUGGCUUCCUUGAGCAGCUUCACACGGUGGGAUUGAUAGUACAGUAUGAAGGACUGCUGAGUACGUACAGUGAGGAAAUUGGAAUGCUGGAGGACAUGGCCGUUGGUAUUUCGGAUUUGAAAAAAGUCGCAUUUAAAAUAAUUGAAGCCACAUCCAAUGAUGUCUUGCCAGUUAUAACAGGAAGGCGUGAACACUAUGUGGUAGAGGUGAAGGUUCCAGCAAGGGUGUUUGAGUCACUGCCUCUGCAGAUUAAAGAAGGACAGUUGCUUCAUGUGCAUCCAGUACUUUUUAACGUUGGAAUCAAUGAACAGCAAACUCUUGCUGAGAGGUUUGGAGAUGUCUCUUUGCAAGAAAGUAUUAAUCAGGAAAAUUUUGAACUCCUUAAAGAGUAUUACACAGUAUUUAUGGAAAAGAUGCCUCCUGAUUACAUUUCACAUUUUCAAGAACAGAAUGAUUUAAAAGGAUUACUAGAAAAUCUCCAUCAAAAUAUCCAAGCCAAAAAGAGAAAGAAUGUAGAAAUCAUGUGGCUGGCUGCAACGAUUUGUCGCAAACUAAAUGGCAUUCGUUUCACCUGUUGUAAAAGUGCCAAAGACAGGACGUCGAUGUCUGUGACGCUUGAACAGUGCUCAAUCCUGAGAGAUGAGCAUCAGUUACACAAGGACUUCUUUAUCCGAGCACUGGAUUGUAUGAGAAGAGAAGGAUGCCGCAUAGAAAAUGUACUGAAGAAUAUCAAAUGCAGGAAGUAUGCUUUCAACAUGCUACAGCUGAUGGCUUUCCCCAAGUACUACAGACCUCCAGAGGGGACUUAUGGAAAAGCUGACACCUAAGUUUACCAACAUGUAAAUAAACAGGAACACAAAUACGCUUCCGUUGGAAAAUCUCCACCGUUUUCUGUUUUCAUUGUCAUGAAUUUGUGGAGGGGGGUGAUCAGGAAUGUUCACCCAAAUCUAGGGAUUUCUUGAGUUAGUUAUCAGCAUAUGACUCUGAAAGAAAUCCAUUAAACAAAUCUUAAAUCAUAUUGUGUUUCUAGUUCCAAGCUUCUAUGUAUUGAUUCUCGCUGGUUGAGAUCAGUUCAAAAAGUGUACGUUUCAUUCAUGGGAUUUUUAAUGAAAGACAUUCUGAGAAAACCUAAGUUGCUUCAGGGGCUCUGGAGGUGAUUCAGAGAGUGGCAUUCUCCACUCCAAACCCAUGAUAGGAGAGUGUCAAGGAGAGAGGCUUUGAGAUAUUUCCCAUCUUUUCUCAUAUACAACCUGAGAGCCCAUUUGUGGGCUUUAAAAAUAUUUUUCUAGUGAAUGGAAAUUAGGGAGUGUUAACUUGUGAACCUGACUACAGAAGCAGUUCCUAUGUGUUUGUAAAGACUUUGUCAUCCUGUGAAGGUGUGACUGGUCCUCCUAAAAAUGUUGACGGACAGUGUUAAUAAAGCAAUAAAAAUACUUUUUGAAAACAUGGUAUCUUUUCAAAACUCUGACUUGGAUUGAUUUGCCCCAUCAGCCUAAACUUCAUGUAGUCAAGUUCAUGAAAGACUGUAAAAUAUCUUUGAGGUGUUUUCUAGCAUUUAUCUUAAUAUUUAUCAGUCAAUGAUGUAACUAUGCAUUGCCUGGCAUAGAUUAGUAUAUGUGAAUGAACCUUUUAAAACUUAUGCUACCAUAAUUAAUGAUAAACCAAAACAAUUAUUUCUCCUAAACUGAAUUUCAAAUUUGCCCUUACUUGGUAAAAUAACACCAUAAGUUUCCUAAAACUACAAAUCAGACAUUGCCUUAGAGAUCCUCAUGUAUAACAUUAUAAAUAUUAUAAAUGGCUAAAGUACAAGGAAGAUAGGCCCCCACUUACUCAGCUGGAUGAUUUUAGAACCCUGGUUACAAUCCCUUCUUACCUUGUAGCUUAUCUGAUCUGUAAAUUGCCACCCUAAAUAUAUACAUGAAAAUUUGGGAAGGAUACUAAAUAGGCCUUGACAUGUAUUGCUGUAAUUGAAACUUAAAGUACAAAGGUCUAAACAAAUGACAUUUAUUUUCUCCCUAUUUUAAGAAUUUAUAUGCUUUCCUUUCUCAUCAGAGGAGCAUGCGAUCUAGAGCAUCAGUCUCCCUUGGAAAUGCCAAAGACCUGUUACAUAGACACCUCUUAGCAAUGACCACAUUCAACAAAUCAUCUGUAGCUUUCCUAGCUGAUAGGAUAGCUCCUCAAUCAAGAUACCUAUUGAAAUAAAGAUUCCAAACAGAUCUCCAGGCUCAUGUUGGGCUUUUCAAAUUGCUGCAAUUUUAAAUAACCCUCUGAGGCUUUUAAUGCUAGAAUUGUCAAUCUGUUAUUUUAGUUAAGGACUUGUAGGCAUUAUACUUGAGGCAGUUGUCCAAAUAUUUACAGCCUUUUUCAUGUAAAGAUGCUGUGUGCUGUGGAUAUAUUCAUGGACAGGUUAUCUUGUUCUCCUUUAUACCUCAUUCUCAAUUUCAAUGAGUAAAUAUAAUCUUUGAAUUCUUCAGUUUCAUUUUAAAAUGGUAGGAUUUGUGGUUAUUUUCAUUAUCCCAUUGGUUUAAGGUAAAGCAGUUGGUAUGACAGUGAUUCCCUUGAGUAACUGUGAAGCCACAUUCAGUAUAUCAGAUGGCAGUCUUGAGUUCCAAGUUACCCUAAGUGAUUUAUCAUCUUCUAAAUAUUCUUAUGAACAAUAGUUUUUGUUUGUAUUUUUUAAAAUGAAACCUCUUGAUUCAAAUAUGGAAAGAAUAUUUAUUAACCAGAAAACCAACAGUAGGGUUUUCUAUUUGUGGAAGACAUUUCAAAGUGUUUUUUUUUUCUUUUUUAUGAAGUACUAUUACAGAAGUUCUCAAAGAGUAGAACUUACUGUAAUACAAAUGAAGGUAAUGUAUUUUCUCAUUUAUUAUUAACAGUUUUCUGCAUUCCCCUAUUGGAAACCUAUAUUUGUUCAUAUUCUAAAAGUAGAUUUCAUCAAGCAAAUGUUUUUUCGUAGCAACAAUAAUGUCACCCCUUUCCUGAGAGAUAUUUCAAGUAUCCUUGGAAAACUACUUCAUUAUUUCUUAAAUUACUAAACCUUUCUAAAUCAAAGAGAAAAUGUUAUACUAAAAGUUUUAAAAGCUCUUUUGCAUAAACACGGGCUCAGUCAUGUUCUUCUGCUUCCAUUUUCAUUUAAAAGAUGCACCAGUCAUUCUUGUUUUAAGAGAUCACGUUGAGCCAGACACUGAACCAAGAAAACAUUUCCAAACAAGAUAAUUUUUUUGCUCAAAAACAUGUUUGCCCUCUGAUGUCAUCAAAAGUAGAUAACACUUCAGGAUUAGCUAUUUACAAAGUCCUACAGAAAACGUACUUAAAAGCAAGGGAAAGUGCAAUCCUAUGUAUGUUUGACCCAGUGACCAAAGAUCCAGAGCCUGAAAAAUGUUCUGCAGAACAGCUGAACGUAAAAGUUUGAAAUAUUCUACUGAAGCAAACGCGUAUUUUAGAUGUACCUUUGCAUCUAUUGCUUGUGCGGUUGUUUCUUUCUUGUCAUUAUUACCUUGGGUUUUAUCAACACUCUGCCCAAACGAUCCUUUGAUGUAAAUAGUUUGGUCGAUCCAGUAGUCCCAUGAGUCAGAGCAGCUAUCUGAUCCUGCUGACAGCUUGUACUGAAAUGACCAGCUGCCCAGUGAGAGCAGGACGCCAGGUAAUUAAGCUCCAGUCUUUACAAGACUAUGACCUCUUGUUCUGAGGAAGUGAGGUCUUAAAAGCAAGCAUCUGGGUGGGAGAUACUUCCCUUUUUUCUCUCAACUACGUAUGGUAUUUUGCCUAAGAAUAAGACAGUGGGAGAGAAGAUUCAUGCUUCUCUUCCCAAGCAAACCCAAGUCCCUCUUAUGUAAAGUCUGCUAGGUGCUAAGAGGAGAAUAAUAGUGGUGUGCUAGAAAUUGGCUGGUCCUGACUCACAGUACUUGACCAUUAAAUUCUGUAAGCCAGUUUUCAAAACACAACCAUCAUUAAAUAUUAAAUUACAGAACACAAUUGAAUAAAUCUUAUUAAAAAUGAUCAUCAAAGCUUAAUGAAACCUAAAUAUUUUACUAUAUUAUACUAUUUAUACCUGCUGCUGAGGUUAUUUAUGCCAAUUGUAUCUGUCCGGUGGAAACAUGAUAUUUAUAAUGUACUAACUGGGCCUCACUUCCUGACUCUGCAUGCAGUAACAUCACAUAGGUAGCUUGAAAUUGACCAUGGUGGGUGUUACACCCCAGAAACUGCCAAAUGCUACCAACCCAUACUUUGAAUUCCUGGAAAACCAGCACAAAGCUGGAUGCCGCAAUCACUUUUUCUCCAGAAAAUAAUCAAUAAUUGGAAGCCGUAUUAAAUUAUUAAAAUGAUACCAAGUGCAGUCAUCUUCAGAUGGCUACAGUUUUGUCUUGAUUUAUGCCCUCUUUAAAGACUCCUGUUAGACUAUAAGUAAUAUUUGCUGUUUAUGUUUAUUCAUAUUUAAAACAGUCAUAACAAUUCAUUUAAAAAUGUAUUUCUUGGGGACUCCCCUGGUGGCCCAGUUGCUCCACUCCACUGGACUCAAUGCUUCCAAUUCGCAGAGCACAGAUUGGAUCUCUGGUCAAGGAACUAAUGCCCCGCUGUGUGGCCAAAAAGUAAAAUUUUUAAAAAUAAAUAGAUAAAAAUUAUCUCUCUAUGAUGUUCUGCAAGGGAAAUCUCAGCAAGGCAGCUUUUGUGUAAGCAAUAACAACUUCAGGCAAAAUUCAGGGAAAUGUUAGCCUAAUUAGAAAAUCACUAAAAAUGCACUUCAAUAUCAGUUUUUAAGUUUAUAGUUUUAGCGUUUGCUAAAAGCUGGAAAAGCAGUAACAUACUAUCAGGCCCAGAUUCUAAUAAAUAUAGCUCAAUUGGAAACCAAACUGUUAGAUUAAACAAAUUAAACUCUGGCAGCAUGCUAAAUCACACAAAUGUUUAGGUGUUUGAUUUCCAAACAGGAUGGUCUAUCAGUGGUUUAGUUCAACAUACAGGCCACCUUUUAUAAUCUUUUGAGAAAUAAAUCAACUUUCAUCACAGGUUUAAGAAACUGGUCUGAGAAAAACUGUGAUUAGCAGUUGCAGAGUAAAGCAAAUAUAUUGAACACAAGGCAUCUCUAAUAGCUGGAGGCUUUACAGAUUAUGUGCUACUGAAGAGAAUAAUUUGCUGAGAGUUGUAUAGUAGAUUGACAAUUUUAGGUAAAUUCACAGAAUCCACAUUCAUUUAGCCCAGCUGCAAUCUGCAAGAGUUUUGCUUUUUUCCCCUCCAUAUUUACGUUUCGUUACUUUAUAAAGAAACUACCAAUGUAUUAGAUCUUUUGUUUCUUUGGAAGAAAUUUAAGUUACAACUUUCCAAACAGAUGUUAACUCUAGCAAAAACUUCAAGAAUAAAAAAAUGCAGUUAAUGUUUUAGAUAAAAUAUGGCAGGCCAAUUAGGUAUAAAGUUAAGGUAUGGAAAUUUGGGUUUUUUCUUUCUGAGUUAUAGUGCAGAUUAAACACUCUUAGUUUUAUUUCUAAGCAUGUAAGAGGAAAUCUAAAGCAUUUCUGAUGUCAAAGAAACAAAUCAUAUCUGAGUAUUUGUAUCAAGGAGGUAGGAAAACAUUGUAAGGUAUUAUUAACUUAAAAUACGUACGUGCCAUCGGCUCUCCUGAGCAUGAACUUUUAUAGAUUGCAUGAAUAGUCAGAAUUUUAAAUUUAAAAAGGAAAACAUGACUCACAGUUCAGUAUAGUACCCAGAGAGACUGAACAUUAAAGGAGAGAAGACCUGCUAAAAGUGUUGUUGCCUGAUAAACCAUAUGUUGCUUGCCUUUCAUGCUGUGCUCAGUGGCUCAGUCGUGCCCAACUCUCUGCAAUCCCGUGGGCUGUAGCCCACCAGGUUUCUCUGUCCAUGGGAUUUCUCAGGUAAGAAUACUUGAGUGGGUUGCCAUUUCCUCCUCCAGGGGAUAUUCCUGACCUAGGGAUGUCUCCUGCAACUCCAGCAUUGGCAGGUGGAUUUGUUACCACUAAGCCACUUAUCUUUUAGUCUUUAAAAUGUUGCACUUUCAUACUCAUGGUAUGAAACAUUCACAGUCUUCCUAAAUUAUCAGAAUACUCUAAGGUCAUACAAGGGCACAGCUCAACAGUACAUCUUUACUGAUGACUUGGUGCAAUUUUAUUGACUGGCAGGCAGUAUUGACUCAAAUAUUAGCAAGAUUGCUAUGUUAUCUACAUAUUAGUAGCUCUUAUGAUGCUUUUAUAUCACUAUAAAUAUUAAAAAGCCAUUUCAUGACAGAGAGCUUUCAAAUUUUAAAAGGCAGAUGCCACAUUUCUGUAACUGUAUAGACACUCCCAUUUCACUUCACAUGUGCAAUCCUUUGUACACAUACCCUCUUGUGGAUAUUUUAUUAUUUUAUUUAACCUAAUAUGUGAUUUUCAGAUUCUUGUGGUACUUAGCUGAAACAUUUGCAUUUGUUUUCUUUUAAUGUUAAAUAUAUAUUCCGGGUCAACCAAUAAUGUGUAGUCCUAGGAAAUGAGGCACAAAUAGGUUAGAUCACUUUAUAUUGUCAUUUGAAGAAAUAUCAUUUUGUUUUAUUAUUCUGUGUAAACCAUAUUCAUUGUACAUUGUGUGUAUAUUUUUUUAAUAAAUGUGAUUUUUAUUUUUUA